UGGUCGCUGGGCGGGGGCAGGCAGCAGGACAAGAUAGUUUCGUUGUACAGGCCUCUUAUUCCCAUAAUAACAGCUUCUGCAUUUGUUGGGGGAGUCCGAUGUUUUUCAAGUCCUAGCAGCGAAGAAAUCAUGAGACAAGAAGGAAAAUGGAGGGCAGAUGAUCGAGGUAUUAGGUGAUUUGCUGUACUACCCGUAAUAGUGUCAGCUGCUUAAUGCGCGUGCGAAGUAGCCAGGAGGACGGGGAGGGGAGGGGGGCGAGAACGACCAGUGCGAGAUAUAUUUUACCACGAUCUCCCAACCUUUCAUUUAUAGAUUCAUUUGUUUUUUAGUUAAAUAAGGUUGCCGUUCUCAAGUAGUUAAGGAGAGGUGAAGGGAAGAAUUGCGUGUUAUACAGCUGUGGUGUCGACAAGAUACUUGUGAAUGUGAUGAGACAGGUGAUGGUGAGAUGAACUGUUGAUGGGUAGGUUUAGAUGCAGUUGUCAUCUCUGCUCUUCAUUGUAUGUAAGUACGUAUUCUCUCGUCGUGGGACAUCGUCGUGGGACCCCAGCAACACCUGCGGCAGGGCAAGUAGUGCAUUAUGCUGUCUGUGCGUGGCUGUUACCAUUGACUGCUGGGCGAAAGUGAGGUGGCAGCUCACGUUGCUAAGCAGGCCUGCUGCCGGCCAGGAGACAAGACUGUGCUGGACCAGAGAGGCGAGGGGCGUCACGGGACACCUCCACCCCCAACACACACACACCACUCAGGACAGACUUUGCGUGAGGAAAGAUGACCAUAGCAGCAAAAGCCUCAACAGGCGGUACCUGGCCGACAGAGUGCUAUACUUGCUACAAUUUUCCGUAUUUAUUCAAAGCGGACACUUCCUGGAGUCCUGCACUACUGCUUCCUUCCUUGCCUUGCACUCGUGCCGCCACAAGCCAGCGCCAGCUACUCUCGUGGUGCGUGAAGGCUGCGCUCACUUUGUGCCACCAAGGACAGAAUGAACCUGGGAACUGAGGUGUUCUCGUUUGUUAAGAUAUCGUCUUUGUUAUGAACUUUAAAGGCUUAACUGGAAAUAAAAUAAAUUUGAAAGUUUAACACAUUAAUUCAAUUUGUGCAGCUUCUGUAUUGUACUGUAUGAGAUAUGUAGUGAAGCUGUGUAACGAAACUUCAUUUCUGUGUGUGUGAAGUAAAUGAGAACGGUGUGGCGAUUGUGUUAGCGGAGAGAAAGAAAGAAAAAAAAGUAUUACUCGUGCUCACUGGAAAUAUUUGGAGUCGGAACACCCACCACCAACAGUGUUCUUUUUUUAUCCUCCGGUAGCUCUUAGGUAAAGGUCAAAUUAUCGCGCUUCAAGCUGAGGGAAUGACUCUGUCAACGCCACACACUCUCAAAGGUAAAAAUCACACUCGCGCUGCUCGGCCUAA